GUCGAGAGGUGGUAACUUUUUAUACGCGGCCUUCGUAACCGAGAUUGGUCAAAAUCAAAGAAUGUCAUGUUCUAUCAGCGUCAUUAUGCAUUUUUGAAAAGACCAUGGUAUCUGUGGGCUAUGAAUGCUUUGCUUGCAUCUCACCGAUCGACCCGUGGGCAUCGUUUUCCUCUGCCACUUUGCUGCCCACCGUUAUCAUUACAACACCGUUGUAUUCAUCCAAAGCCACUUUCCGGAACGAUGGACCUUAAAAGGAGGAAAAUGAAAAUUCAGCGGCAAGCCCAUGCUGUGGCCAGCGAACCUCUCAUACAGCAAUGUCAUGGUAUUCGCAUCGAUGGUUUACGAUGUCGACGCAUGGUCCCCAUGGUACCGGAGUGCACUGACGGUAGCGAUCGAUACUGCCACUUUCAUCGUUAUACAGCUGUCCAGAAAAGCAAUUCCCCUAUCAUAUUGCCAGAGGAACCAAUUUCUACGAACACACUCGUCCCUUCCCUGUCAACAUCAUUACCUCUUCGGGAUUGUUGGUCAUUGUGGAUAGGCAACCAUAUUCGGGGGAAAAAGCGCAAUUUGAUCCAACAGGAAAUGGAGCGUCCGAUUUCCGAUCGUGAUGAGGAUGGGUACAUUUAUGCGUACAGUCUUGUCGAGGGACCACGGGCAUCGACGACGCGGUUUGCUUAUUUUAAAAUUGGUCGAAGUACGAAUCCACCGUUACGCAUGUAUCAAGUCUCGAAUCGAUGCAAUUUUGUUCCCCAAGUAAUCGAGAUCUUUCCAAGAUUGUCGAGUACCAAAACCAAGGAAGAGCGAUAUAAAUUACCAAAAUGCCCGCUGUCGCAUCGGGUGGAGCGAUUAAUCCAUUUAGAGCUGACAAGUAUGUUUUCGACUGCAGGGUUUAAAUGUGGAGAAUGUCGUACAUCGCAUCGUGAAUGGUUCCGUGUAGCGAGACAGUACCAUGCCAACGGCAAACCAAUGUCCGAUGCAGAGUUAUGGGAAACUCGAGUCCGACCCGUCAUAUUAAGGUGGAUCCAAUUCGGACUGGCCGCUUCCAUCGUGCAUGUGAAUUCCGGAAAAGCCCGAUCUUAACACGAAUUUCCCGCAGAAUUUCGCACUAUCGCAAUAGAAUGAAAUAAAACGAAGUCCCACUAGCACAUCACGGAUUAUUUUCUGAUUUGUGCUUCGGGAAAAAUUGCAUCUC